GCCGGCUGAAAGCGGGUGCGGACGGGCGCCAAGCUGCCCUUGGGAGACAUCGCUUAAUCAUGGCGCCCCGGAUCUUCCCUGUGGUCAAGUUGCUGGUCAAAGGAGGCUUGGCCGGAGGUGCCAUUUACUUAGUUUACAACCAAGGCCUGCUAAGUGGGGGCGACCAGGGGGCCCAGGCCCUCCGGAAAGCGCAAGAAGCUCUCCCUCCGGCCGUGGAAGAAUGGGCGAAAUAUUUCGGCUGGCAGCUUCCCACAAUUCCCAAAACUGAAUUCUCUCUCUGCAAUUCCUGGAAUUCAGGGGUCCGGACGGUCAUAGGAGGUCUCUCUGUGGCCCCCACCAGGGCCUGUGAGUAUACCCAGCAUGGAUGGAAGUACAUGAAAGACCUCGUCAAAUGAAACCAACCCAAGAGGCCUCUGCUUUCUCUUGCCAUCUUAAUGGGGAAGUUCUCAGCACCUGAUAGUGGAGGACAGCCCCAUUUCUAAAGGGCUGAAAUAAAGACUCUGAAACAGCCCUGGGUGGUGUUGAUGACCAGAUGUGUUAGCUACUUGCUCAUCUCUGCUUCUGUUUAAUAGUCCUCUUCAGUGUUCUUGGACACAACUUAUAGCAAAGUCGAAGCUACUUUUGGAUAAUAUCUUUGAGCCCUUAAUGUAAUUUGUCUCCUUUCUACCAUGUUAUACAAUUAAAUUUGGACUAUGUGGAUUUGCGGGGGAAACAGCAUUGCCCAUUUGCCUCAAAAAUGGAUAAAAUGGUAACGGGGUGGGAAUUUGUAAUAAAUUCAGGUUGCAACACUCAAAA